AUGCAUAAAUCGGCUUCUGAUGGCAUCAAGCCUUCAUCAAUGAGCUCUUCAAAUAUGGACACUGGGUCACUCGACAUGUCAGAGUUAAAAAACGACUUGGACAAUUUACUUGAAUCUUCGUUAGAGAGUAGCGGAGUUGGGGCUAGUUCUUCCUCAACAUCUCAAUUUUUUGAUGCAUCCAAUCCCGAAAAAGCUUAUCCGGGCAAUAACAAUAAUAAACUUCAUAGACUAAAAAAUAAUACUUUACUGUCGGGAACAACGUCUCAAUUUAAGGAUUUGUCAAACGAGCUUUGGCCGGGUCUAAGUUCAGGAUCUGCUCCUAAGCAUGAACUUACAAACACUGAACGACACAGAAGCUCAUCUUUGUCAGCGUAUGAAGAACCCGCCAAUCAGACGAACGUUCCUAAACUGUCCGUUCCGCCAUCUGCUUCUUUGGCUGUCUCUCCUCCUACGAACAGGACUCGUACAUCUUCUCUUUCUUCUUCUACGAAGUAUGAUCCCUCGAUUCCAUGGACCUCUAAUCUUUCAGCUGCUCCUCCUACUGCAGCUUCGUCUUUGAAACAGCCCGUUUCAUCUAUGUAUAUACGUCCAUCUACAGAUACAUCCCCUACAUCUGAGUCGGGUCGGCAAAGAUCUUCAUCCAACAGCGGAACGUCUAUUCCGACUUCUGCUGCUUCUGAAAUAAUCUCCAACAGAGACCCCGUUUUUACUAUGAAUUCCUCAGGCAACUCAAAUGCUCCCGCAUUAAAUAAGCGUUCCAAGGGUUCCAAUCGAUUACGCUCUUACACGCUGCCUUGGAAUCCACGUGCUUUUAAUUCCUCUGGUGGUUUUAUGGCCCCGUCGCUCGCUCAGCCCAAUACUCUUUCUUCCGCAUCUUUGAAUGCAAAUCAAUCGUACAAGCCAUACAAUCAACAGUUUCCAUCGGUUCCUGUUGAUACAAAUUUUUCUUCAGAUUCCAGCAUGAACUCAUCUGCCUUACCAUACUUAAAUCAUGGGGGGCUGGAUCAGCUCAAUUCUUCCCAAGUAUGGCCAUCUGAUUUGUCCCAUUUAUCGCAUAGCUUGCGCACAGGUCGUUCUGGUUAUGCUCCUGCGGUUAAUCCAAAUAAUGAACAGUCUGAAUUUGGUAAUGGUUUAAAACAUGUUGGUCACAACACUGGACGUUUAGACUCGUCUUUGGAUUCCCAAUUUAAGGCUGAUGCGCAAACUAAUUUUCAUGCUAAGAAUUUGCAUAGUGGUUUUGGUUAUCAACGACCUCAGGCUUACGGCUUAAACAAUAAUCUACUUAAUACGCAUAACCCGCUUGCUCUAAAGGGCUUGUCCUUUGAAUCGCCUGAACGACAUGGUGGGAUGGACAUCGUUCCAGAGCUUCCACCCGUGGGUUCCCUGAGUUCCAGGUCUCAGACUAUGUUAAACUCACGUCGUCGAUCACAGUCUUUAUCCUCUACUCUUACGCAUCCUCCUACGCCUACUUCAUCAUCAGUUGGAGGAAUGGCUGAUCCUGCUGACCGUGGUUCACCGAGAGCAAGAGGGUCGCCUUCUUAUAAUCCUUCUUUUUUGACUAAUGCUCCUUCACCCCUCAGCACGAGCAACAGCAGUAUUAGGACCUCUACACCUGACACAAGCAGCGCUGGCAUCAGUAAUAUUGGGAUAUCAAAAGGCCUCUCUGACAUUAAUAGUACAGGUUGGAGUGGUAUAGGGGAUGCCACUAUUGGAAAUCUUACUCAGUCAGAACCCACACAUGCUUUAUGGGUUGGUAAUCUUCCGGCGGGCAUCUCAUCAGAUACAGUUGCUGCUACUUUUGCUUCUCAUGGCAACGUCAUAAAUAUUAGGAUGCUUUCUCAUAAACAUUCCGCUUUUAUUAAUUUUGAUAGUGUUAAUACCGCGAAGUAUAUAUUGGAAGAACUUAAUGGAAAAUGCAUUUUUCUGGAUUCAAACCCUAUCUGUAUCGGGUUUGCCAAGGUCUCAUCUUCAAGUUCCGAGAAUGCGCAUUCAACUGUUGAUGGUCUGAAUAAGGCUUUUUCUAACGUGUCGUUCGUUACCUCAUUACGAGAAGUGUAUGAUGAUAUUAUUGGUGUUACGAAAUCGUUUGGGUUUGAUGAUCUUUCUACUAUACAGCCUAUUUUAGAUACUGCAUGUGAUUUGACGGAAUUUACUGCCCAAAUACCAUCCAUCUCUAAAGCUUUUAGUAGCCGCCGAUUAAAUGCUCCCAAACUUCGACAAGUCCGUAAGCGUAUUGAUAAUGGUCUUUGUACUCAAGAGGAAGUUGAGGAAAUUGCCAUUAACUGGUUGGAUGAGGUAUCAGAUCUUGCUAGCGACCACCUGGGCAAUACAGUAGUACAGAAAUUGUUUGAUUACUGUUCCGACCCUGUUAAGGAAAUGAUGUUAGAAAGGAUCGCUCCUCACCUUGCGCAAAUUGGAAUUCAUAAAAAUGGUACUUGGGCCGCUCAGAAAAUUGUUGAUGUGGCCUCUACUGAUUCUCAGAUGCUUCUUAUUGCAAAGCAUCUUCAGCCAUAUAUACCUCUUCUUUUUGCAGAUCAAUUUGGCAAUUAUGUGGUACAAACGUGCCUCCGAUUUGGUUCACCAAUGAACAACUUUGUAUUCGAAGCUAUUAUGAAUCAGUUUUGGGUAAUCGCUCAAAGCCGUUAUGGUUCGCGUGCUAUCCGCACUUGCUUAGAAAGUCCUGAUGUUAUUGAGGAACAGCGUGUGUUGGUAGCUGCAGCAAUAACCGUGUAUUCGGUACAUUUAGCCAUGAAUGGUAAUGGUACACUUUUAUUAAGUUAUCUUAUAGAAAACAUGAGCUAUCCUCAUGUAACAGAACAAUUAACGCAGAGAUUCACAAAAGAUAUCGUGCGAGUUUGUACUCAUCGACUGGCCUAUAGCUCUUUGUUGAAGAUUCUUUCAAUGCCCCAAGAAGAAACCAAUUGUACCGAUAUGGUUGUUGAAGCUAUUCUGGGUAAAUCCAAUGAAUUGAAUGCUAGUGCCUUGGAUAAAAUCCUAAUGGACCAAAGUUAUGGGCCCUCGUUCCUUUAUAAGCUUAUGACAAUUGAAACGAUUUCACCAACAUAUAGGCAGGCUCUGCAGCAAGCUGUUUCCAGCACAUUAGAGAGGAUGGAAGACCGGGGUUCCUCUGAAUUAAAGAAGCUCUCCGAACUUUGCAAUCAAAAGUCCGAAAGGUACUUCUAG